GGAAACUGUACGGUAAGUAAAUGUUAUGGACUGACAGGCCAGCAAUAACUCCGACCGCCUCCCGAUGAACGGAUUAAAUCCGGCCCGAACCAUCAACCAUCAGCGCAAGGUGCGGGUGUUGCUGUUGCUCCAGAGUUAUCCGGACAAGAGCUCCGCUCCACCGCAAUCCUACUAUCGUUUGCGAGUCUUCCCUCAGGUGUCUUAAGGCCCUGUAGCUUGAUUAUUACUUCCUCCAGCUUAAAGAUUGUGGAUAAGUUGGAGGUCACCAUGGGUCUCACAUAUCCAGCCGGUGCUGCUACCGUGUCACUCCUAGUGAUCGGAGGCUAUAUGCUUUUCCACGGUGAUGGCGAACAAUUCAAUGUUGGUCAAUUCCUCGAAUCCGUUUCGCCAUAUGCUUGGGCAAACAUCGGUAUCGCCAUGUGUAUAGGGUUAUCAGUCGUUGGAGCAUCAUGGGGUAUCUUCCUCACCGGUUCAUCGAUUGUCGGCGGAGGUGUCAAGGCACCAAGAAUUCGGACGAAGAACUUGAUCUCGAUUAUCUUUUGCGAAGUCGUGGCUAUCUAUGGUGUUAUCAUGGCAAUUGUUUUCUCUUCAAAGCUCAAUCUCGUUGGCGAUGACGAAAUCUUCUCUGGCAGCAACCAAUAUACUGGAUACGCGCUCUUCUGGGGUGGCAUCACUGUUGGAAUGUGCAACCUUAUCUGUGGUAUCUCUGUUGGUAUCAACGGAAGCAGUGCAGCGCUGGCCGAUGCUGCUGACGGAAGCUUGUUUGUGAAGAUCCUUGUUAUCGAAAUCUUCAGCUCCGUACUUGGCUUGUUCGGACUUAUUAUCGGGCUUCUGGUGACAGGUAAAGCUCUGGAAUUCGGGGCUGCCUAAUGGUUGACGAAAGGAUGUCUUCUCUGAGAGAGGACCACACGAGUCGGGGGUAGGAACCAUUGUAUGACCUUCUAUAUUACAGCUUCAUUUUGUUCUGGUGUUCUCUUAUAUACUGCAUUAUGGCGUAUGGAUCCGAUCUGACUGUAGAGUCUUUUGGGUAUGCGUGAAUAGCAUUGAUUGUCCUGCUAGUUUACUAUGAUAUGUGGGGGUAGUGUACAGUAACAGGCGUCGGGAAGUACUGGAAGUGCUAAAUAGGUCGAUAUAUGGCAUUUUUCUCUUUUCGAGUAUAG